AAAAGUAAACAACGGUUUCCAGAAGGAAAAUGAUAUUUACUCGUCCACGUUCGUGCCGUCUCUUUGAUUCUUCAUCCUCCUUAUUCAUUAUUUAUGAAGGUAUUACAUUUCGAGAAGACAGGCCUAGUUAAAUACAAACUGAAAUCUGGCGAAACUUCCGCAGAGCUCAGAGAAAGCGGAUGCGGCAGCCGCUAAGGAGAGUUAGCUCGACAUGGCAUUUUUCUGUUUGAGUUUGUUUACAGCAUGGGAUACUCUCACGACAGUGACUUAAACACAGCCCGUCGACAUUAGAUUUAGCAAUGUUAGCCAUCAGAUCUUCAGACGAGGAGUCCACUGAGAUUGAGGAGAUGGACACCUCAGAGCCAAACUGGUGCUGGUUCUACUUGGCCGAAUGCGGAGUCUGGCACAUGUUUGAGAUUGAUCCCAGUGCAGCCUGCUCAGUGACCAGCGCUCAGAUUGAGCAGUGCUAUAACAGGAACCAGCGAGGGGUCAUGGAGUUCUACACAGCCAAAUACACCUAUAGACUGGACUUCUCGGUUAUGCGACAAAUUAACGUGACAACAGGAAAACAGAGGCCAAUUAAACGCUCCCUACACUCUACCACUGGCUUUCGGUUUAUUUGUGAUAAUCUGGCCUUGCCUGUGCCAUGUCAUUGGGAGCGAAUCAAUACAGACGAGUCCUAUCAGCUUAUCCAGCUUGGUAGAGACACAUAUGAGUUUAAGGAAGUAGCCAGGCUGUACGAUAGGACGAUGGAUCAUCCAAUAAAAUCCAUCCAGAGGAUCCAGAACUUGGACUUGUGGGAGUUCUUCUGCAGGAAGAAAACACAAUUGCGAAAAGUCAAGCGAACUCUGGAUAUUGAAGAGCGAAUGCUGUUUCAUGGAACAGGACACAGCAACAUACAAGCUAUUUGUACGUUUAACUUUGACUGGCGUCUGACAGGGAGUCAUGGUGAUGUUUAUGGCAAAGGGAGCUACUUCGCCCGAGACGCCAAAUAUUCCAGUAAAUUCUGCCACACAACCGGGAAACACAACACCACCUUGCAGAGGCACGGACUCGCUCCGCCUAUAUUUGCCAACGAGCCGCCCUAUAAAACCAUGUUCCUCGCCAGAGUGCUUGUUGGCGAAUACACGGUCGGUCAUCCCAUGUACUGCAGGCCGCCCUCCAAGGAUGCUAGCUUCACCAACUUCUACGACAGCUGCGUGGAUGAUAUGGCCAACCCAAAGAUAUACGUUAUAUUUGACAGCAAUCAGAUCUACCCAGAGUAUCUGAUCGAGUUCUAUUGAUGAGGAAAGAGUUGAUGAACAGAUUUGAUUUGUGGAAAUGGGAGAAGAAAAAUACCCCGUCACUUCCAGUGAGUAACUGGAGCAUUGGAUUUUUUAUUUUUUUUUUAAGUGCCUUUGGAAAUGUUUAAAAGGUGGGAAAAACAAUGGUGGCAUUCUGCACACUUUGUUAAAAAGUUAAAAAUUCUUACGUGUGCUGUGUUUUGUACUAUAUGUCAUUUCGCUUGUUACACAGUGGCUUCAGUUUGGAGAUUUAAGGCAAUGUUCCAACUCUGACCCCUCGUCUUAUUUUUAAUCCACAGUGCCAUACAUAUGCCAAUUUAUUAUACCAAAAAUAUGUUGUGGUCCCAUGUGGUGUUAGUUUGUUACAACGAAGGACUGUGAGUGCCUGCAUUUGUUAGCAGUAGUUUACAUACAGUCCUAUUGGCAUUAAUGUCAUGACAGUGUGUGGCUUUUAUGGUGAUUUAUGAUUGUUCUUUUUCCAGGGAAGGAGUGAUUUUACAGCAUAUCCUUACAAAGAAUUUAAUUAAUUAAAUUAAAAAAAUGAGCAUUUUUCCUAAUUUGCAGCUCAAAAUUAUAAACAUAGACUUUGGAUUACUACCACUAUUAAGUUCUAGUUUGAUGGGAGUUUGGCUCAUCGCCAGGCUGUAUCCAAAUUUCAAGCAUUUGGCCCAAACCUCCAUUAAAAGAGCAUGGGUUAGGAUGUUAGGCUAGGAAAUCCACUUGAAGUGUCUGAGGAAAUUCUUUGUAACACUUCACCUAAAACCUUUAGCGCACCAUGAGUCAUGUUGGCAUAACAUCCAAAGCACCUCUCUUACUGUCACUGUUAUUAUUUAAGUGUGAGCUUUUGACGAAUUCUUCUCAUAAUAAGCUUCUACCUCUGUUAUUUAAACCAUGCAUCAGUGCACUUUUUACCCUUUCUGUGAAAGGUUUUACUCCUAACUGUGUCACUGCGACACAAACUUGUGAUGAUAUGUUUGUCUGUAGCUCCCAAGUGUAUCUUUAGAAGUUUUGGCGACUGAACUUACAUUUUUAUUUUGUUACUAAGAGUUGUUGCAGCCUAGUUCAUGUCUGUUGGAAACCAGAUGAGCGUCACAUUAGAAAUGCAGUCCUAUAAGUGUGUGAUCAUCAACAGCUGUACCUGAGGAAAACAAGUCACCUUUUGCACCUGGAGUACAUUUAUCCCAUUAAAAAUGUCGCCGGAACAUAACGUGCUUUGUGAAAGUAUCUGUAUGCCUUAAACUUUUCCCCAUUGUAAUGUGUUUUAUUGGGAUUUUAUGUGAUAGUGUCAAAAUUUAAGAAAUAGAAAUCUGAGAAGUGUGGCAUGCAUUAGUACUCACCUUCUUGACUCACAACUUUGUAGUUUGCUGAAAUUAAAGUGGCAAGUCUUUUGGGUAAGCCUCUACUAUAUUUACACAGCUAGAGAUUAAAAUAGUCUGACCACAAUUUCCCAGUUGAAUUUGGUUCCGGAAUUUGACUGGGCUGUUAUAAAUAGUAAAACUAUCCAUCUCUGGCUGUAUGUUGUGUCCUCUUAUGGAUCUUCGUCCGAGUAUGAAAUUUUUUGCCGCUACUAAAAGUUUUCUUCCAGAUUAUCUUCACAUCAGCUGUAUAGUCCCUGCUAAAGGAAAGCUUCCACUGUUGAAAAGGUGUGUUUAGACUGAACAGCGAUGUGUUUUUUUUUUUUUUUUUCCCUCCUUGCGGUGCUUUGCAUAUUGGCCAAACAGUACAAGCACUUUGUACAUGUUUGCUGGCUUGAUAUAUUUUUUAUAGCUUUCUUCUUGAUAUUUCAUAAAUGAUUCAUAAGUUUGCAAUUAUGCGAUAUCACUUCAAUUUUUUGAAUGAUAGAUGUUCAAAGCUUAGGAAAUGUUCUAACCUAACUCAUUUUCAAACCUCUCUGUAGCUUUAUCUCUAAUUUGGCUGCUGUGUUCCUUGGUCCUUAAGAUAUUUUUUUGUUCAAUAAUAUAAAUUAACUACUAACCCAUUUGAACCCAAACUUUUCCCAGACAUAAAAAUAUUAAAAUCAGAUGUCAUUGAUAGCCCUUUGAACUAAUCCAGGGGAAAUAAUUUUAAAAAUAGUGGAAAAAUAUAUGAAAAAGUGUGUUCUAUGAUCGGUCACAAUUGUGACCGGUGGGAUAAUAUGGUGUUCUUACUAAGAUGAGCUGAAAGUGCUUUUUCCAAGUAGAAAAGAUCAUAAAAGGUGAACAUUGUUUCUUUAUUUGAAUAUACCUUGCCACAGCAUUACUUUAGUGCAACAUUUGCUCUGUAAAGUACAAAUUUGACUAUCUGUGUUUUCUAAACCAAGGUAAAUUUGAGUGCUUGAGUGUUUAUGUAUAAUUAUAUUGAACUUCAGUCAGUUGUAGUGUUAUGUUAUCCCAUUAACAUAGAUCAUAAAGAUAACAUCUGUAGUAGAGGCCUUCAUUUAUAUUAUUAUAAUAUUAAAAAAAACAUCUGUCAGUGACUCCUGACAGCUUUGUUUAUGAGUUUCAAACUAAAAAUGGGGAAAGUAAAAACACAUGCCACACUUUCCAGAAAAACUAACCAGCAUGUUUUAUUUCUUUUCCCUUCACAAUUAAACACUGCUUAGCGUCGCUCUAUCAAAUAAAAUUCCUAUAAAUUACAUAAAAGUUUGUGGCGGUAACACAAUGUGAAAAAGUGUAACCAGAACAAAUACUUUUAGAAUGCACAGGAUGUACUGUAAUAAGUAAUGUUGCUUAAUAAUGUAAUAUUGCUUUUGCUGUGUCAUUUGGAUGACUGUAUCUAUUACCAGCUGGUAUAAGAAAGGACCAUUUUGACUUCUGUUAAAAAGCUGUUGCUGUAGUUCAUAACUGAUAGCUUUGAGUGUAUGAGUCGAAUUUAUUGACAACUGUAUGUUUUCUGUGUGUAUGUUGCACAGCAUAAUAAAUUUUGAAGCACAGAAUCAAA